GCUGCGGAGAGGAAGCUGAUUCCGGUCUGAUCUCCUUCCACUGUUUCCAUUGUGUUUUUGGAGGGAGAAGAACAGCAGGUAAAACAGAUAUAAAUGAUGUCUUGUUCCAGGCCUUUUCCUGCUCCUGUUGUCUGUUUUUCUACACAUUUUGAGUUUACCUGAGUUCAGUAUGUCUGAAAAUGACUUAAAUUGGAAUACCCGUGUGUUGCAGUCAGGAGAGGUUAAAAGUGAAGAAAUGGAGUUAAAGAGAACCCCCAGCACUGAACAAAAGUCCGCUGAUACUUUCUGCACUGACACAGCCUACAGUCAUGUGCAGGAAAGUACAGAAAAAGAAAGAACUUUCCACUGCUUAGAUUGUGGGAAGAGCUAUUUUCAGCGGAGUCACCUGAAACUACACCUGCGCAUUCACACAGGAGAGAAACCUUAUAAGUGCUCUGAGUGUGGGAAGAGUUUCCGUGACCGGAGUGAUGUCAAAACACAUCAGCGCAUUCACACUGGUGAGAAACCCUAUUACUGCUCAGAGUGUGGGAAGAAAUUUGCUCAGCAGGGUCACCUGCAACAGCAUCAGCGCAUUCACACAGGGGAGAAGCCCUAUCGCUGUUUGGAGUGCGGAAAAGGAUUUAAUGUACAGUGUAAUCUUCAGCGACACCAGCGCACUCACACUGGAGAGAAACCUUAUCGCUGCCCAGAGUGUGGGAAGGGCUUUAAUCGACAGAGUCACCUCCAGCGACACCAACUCAUUCACACUGGAGAAAAGCCGUACGAGUGCUCAGAGUGUGAGAAAAGUUACAGAGACAGAGACGCCCUUCAGACCCACCAGCGCACUCACACGGGUGAGAAACCGUAUUACUGCUCUGAGUGCGGCCGAGGCUUCAAUCAACAGUGUCAUCUUCAGAUACACCUUCGCAUUCAUACUGGAGAAAAGCCGUAUCAGUGCUCAGAGUGUGGAAAGCGUUUUAGUGACAGAACUGUCCUUCAAAGGCAUCAGUACAUUCACACAGGCGAAAAACCCUAUCACUGCUUAGAAUGUGGGCGGAACUUUAGGCAUUCCAGUACAUUAAAGAUGCACAAGUGCAUUAAACAAGAGUUGAACUCUCAUGAUGUGAGUUCUCCACAGCAGUAGGUACUAUUUAUAUUCCAAUUUCUUAAAAUGCAGCAACUUAAGAACUUCAUCUCUUGUGCUUCUGCUGUAUUCAAUCAGCAAUCAUGCUAAUCAGAAGAUUCUAUUUUUCACAUGUAAAUGCGUGAUUAUGGGCACAUUACAUUAAGUUACAUGUUGGAGCAACAUGAAAAAUAAUGAACAUAUGGUUUAUUCUCAUCUACUUUCUGGAGUACUCAAUUUGCUUAGAUAUAAUGAUUAAUAUCAUUGUGUUCUAUAUUAGAUUAAAUACUUACAGAUUACACAUUAAGUUAAUGUGCACAAAGAACCUUUAGCAGCAGCAGCACUGUUAAAAAUAAAAAAAAUAUAUGCCCCAUCUAGUACUGAUCUGUUUUCUUAUCUGCCAUUUUAAGAUCUCCUUAACUCAGGAACUUGGGUAUCAAACUUACCUUCAAAUUUGCCAUUAGAAAUUCUGAUGUGAGAAGGGUGUACAUGUGAAAAUUUCAAAUUGGAAACUCAUACUCAACGCUGAUAGCAAGCAAAUGCAACAUGUCUGUGUUAUUGUUAAGUAUAAAGACUAUUUGUUCUGGAAAUUCUUUUAUCAGUAGCGCAAGGAGCAAUGGCUUUAUUUCUUUGGAUUACACUGGUAUGCCAAAAGCCAUGGGAUAGUAACCUUCCAUGACAUAGUUCCGGUACUCAUGUGUGUGACACUGUGGAUUGAGAUCUGUUGAACACCUGCACAACUUCAAAAAUGGCAUGUCCCAUUUAUCUGCACCCAAAAUCAGGUCUUUCUCUAAUUUACAUUAUUCAUGUUGCCUUGCUAUGAUCACACUUGUUUAACAUGUUCAACUUCACUCGCAAGAUAGCAUCUCACCAUUUAUACAUAAUUUGCAUUAUUAGUUUAAAUACUGCUUUCCCAUGAUGUUUGGCCUUACAGUGUAUUUCAUGUCAUUUUCCCAAAAAGCAGGUGAUUUACUUACUUUUGUAUUCUAUUAGAAAUCUGCUCAUUUAAAAGCUAAUUUAACCCUCCUGUCGUGUUCGGGUCAAAUUUGACCGAUUUACAACUUAAAACACUCAUAAAUACUGUGUUUUACAUCUGAUUGCCUCAAGGCCUUAUGAGAUCCUCCACAACAUGCACUUGAACACAUAAAAGUAAUGAUCACCUCUUUCAUUGAAUUUUGUGGGUUUUAUUCAACCUUGUUACACCUGUGGUGUUCCCGGUCAAAAGUGACCGCCAUAGGAAAUAAAUGGGUAUCCAGAAUAUAUUCUUUCAUCAGACAGAAAAUAUCCCCAUAUACACCACCCCAACUCACUCACACACUCACUCACUCACACACUCAUCUCAUGUGGAUGAAAUCAAGUUCAGCUUCCAACUCUUCACCAGAGUUCAUUGAGGGAAUUAUACUGGAAUUAUGCCUGGAAUAUGCAGGUAUACAUGGGAAAACCCAUGUGAGCUCUGUGCCCCUAGAGACAACAAAACAGGCCUGGGGUGCUGCAAAUAUGAUGCCUAUGUUUGCAAGGCCCACUCUGACCUGAGUGUAACAUGCCACUCAUGUGCAUGAAUUCACAUGCACACACAUACAAACACACCUUCAUGUUGAGUUUUGUCUUUGGCUUUCAAUUUAUUAUUUAUUAUGUUCAUUUUGUAAUACAUUUUCAGUGCCUAUUUGUACUUUCACUGCAGUUAUCUUAUGUAUAAUUCUAUAAAUUCUGGUUAAACACUGCUUUGAGACAUUGUUCACAGCUAAAAAAAUGUUGUAUAAAAAUUUGGUGGUCAAAAAUGGUG